GUAACCGUCCCAUGACACAAUUAGUCUGUCGCCGAUCCUCCUCACGUGGGAUUUACUUAGUUUGAGGAGCAGCCUUUAAUUUCGAAGAGCUUGUGGGAUCUUCAAUUUAUCAUUUGCCUUAUAGAGCUGUGUUUUCGAAUUCCGAGCCAUGGUGUCAGUGUCAGCAAGCCACUAUCGUGACCUCUUGAACCAGGAGUGCACGGCUAUUACCGGGCUGUGUGAUAACUGGCAAAGUGUUUUGAAAGAUAGUGACAGCUGUUCUGCCAUUCCGGACGAUGUGUGCGGUAAAAUCCAGAUUGCGAUCGGACAAGCACAUCUUCUCAUGAGGAAAAAAUUUGAGCAGUUCCGUGGGUUAAUAUCAGCUUGUGAGACGAACAGUUCUGAGAGGCCAGUCACUGUUCAAGAUCUACAGGGAUAUUGGGAAGUUAUGUAUAUUCAGGUGGAAGAUAUUUACAGCAAAUUUGAGGAGGUGAAGAAACUCAAGCAAAACAAUUGGGAACCCUUACCCUCUCCUGAGAUCAAGCGUCAACCACUUGGGAAUCUUAACAAGUCUUGUGGGAAUGCUGCUUCACGUCGGAAGUCUGUAGGGGUCACAAAGGAUUUUACAGCACAGGCUAAAGAAAGACUUGCCCAGGCAAAAGCUCUAGCUCGCAAACGUAUGGAGGAACAGUGUUGUCAAUAAGCCCUGAAGCAUUGUUAUAGUUGUUGCAAUUUUUUAUAUGAUGUUGAAACUUAAUUUAAAACUAUUUAUUCUCGAGAUGCUCAAUGAAUUGUGUUUGCUCAAUGUUUUAACCAAAGUAGAUUAGAUGUAAGCCAAAAUUAUUGUUCAAAGUGUCUGUGAUGUUAUUUUUUCUGUGUUUGAUUUCAGUAUUUUUACAUGUGUAAUCAUGCAUGUCGCCUUACAUUUGAAUAUAUUCUAAUUUAUUUUAAAAGUUGUACUGAUGUAAAUAUAGAGUUUUAAUUACAACAAAACUUAUUUCA